AUGGCAACACCCAAGUGGUCCACAUGGGCCAAUACGGCUGGGUCAACGAAGUUCUUGGAACUUCAUGAUCUUGUUGUGAAUCGGAGCCUGUCGCCCGUCUUUGGUCCCAUGACCAGUAGUGAUCUUAAUUAUAUUAUUAAGACCAUCCACAAGAGCAUCUUGCGCAAAAAUCCUAACAACGCACAAGAUGUGUACAAUUAUCUUCUCGAGCGCAAUGUUUGGCGCUAUUGUUUCGUCAAGAACAAGGAUUUCAAUGUGGAACAUCCACGAUACCCGUUCCAAAGGGUAUGCUCCAACCCAGGAACUUCGCGACGAGCUUCUUGCUGCCAGGGAAGCUGCAGCUCAAGCAGUAGAAGCAACAAUAGCUCCAACAAAUGUUGCACCCCUCCUUCUGCUCCUCCUCCUCGUGCUAAUGAUGGUGCUAAUUCUUCUGGCCCAUCAAAGCCAAGAGGCAAACAUCCCGUUUCCAACCCCAAUGUUAUGACGGCGGAGGAUAGGGCCAAGAUGACUGCUUGUGAGAAUUUGGCUGCGGCUACUCAGGCUAUAAAGAAGUAGGGGAAUCCCUAUAGGGACAUUUGAUAUGCUUUUAAGCGUUCAAAUUUUAUCUUGCUUAUAAGCAUCGUCUAUAGACGUAAAUGUUCUU